GCAGACACAGUUUGUUUUCCUUCGUCUGUGACGUGCUGCUGACAUUGAUGACUGACAUUGGGCUAGUGCUUCAAAACAUUUGAAGGACAAAAUCUUCUCAAAAUCUGUCUUGAAGGUAAUUGUUGAUUUUACUGUAAUGACAGCUCGUUUUACAUUACUCCGUGGCGGGCCGCAGUUAGGAGAUAUCAGAGAAUGAUAUCGGGCCAGUGAUCAGGUGAGACGGCUGAGUCAGCACGACGCCGUAUAACUGACGCAACAGCGACCUCCGAACUCCGGGCGGUGAACCUCCUGGCUCAGUGCGUGCAGCCCUGUACAGGACCUCCGCCAUUCACUGAUCGACUGAAGGACGAUAAAUGAGGAAUGAUGGCAGCGGCGCCAUGGCCGCAGCCCCCGCCGGCGCCGCCCAGCGCGCGCCUGGAGCGCCUGGAGGGCGGCGCCACGGCCGAGGGCGUGGACUUCGAGCGGAAGGUGGCGGGGCUGGCGGCGCUGCGGUCGCGCCGGCUGGGCGCGCGCUUCCAGGUCUUCUCCAACGUGGCCGCCGCGCAUCCGUUCGACGACGUGGUGGUGCGGCUGACAGUUUCAGCCUCUUCCCCUCCCUCCGCCACCGCUGCCGCCGCCGCCGCCAGCGCGGCAGGUCAACAAGCCCUUGAGGACGCUUGGGCCACAUACUUCCUGCAGCUCAAACACACCGGCACCAAGGCGCUGUCCCUGAAGACUUUCACGACUAAUAGGAACUUCCAUUUGAAGAAAUACUUCGAGUUCUUCCUGAAGCUGCGUGGCUGGCACGAGAAGAAGCAGAAUCCGCAGGAGGCUCUGGAGGAUGGACAACGCCUCCUGUGCCAGGCGCUGAUGGAGCACUGCCGCUUCGUCAUCUUCACCACGCAAAAGCGCUGGGUGGGAGCAUCGACUUGCGCUGCCGACGACGAGGACGUCCACAAGAUGGCGCGCGAAAUUCUGGACACCGGGGAAACUCACGACUGCGUCCUUCGAUUCACUCAGAACGACAAAAAGGUAUGGAACUUACUGAAAGGGGAUGCCAAUGAAGCUAUCUAUCAAAAUGAAUUCCUCCCAAAGCUGCUCAUAUAUUGCGAGCAGACAGAGUCCGGCCACCUUGACAGUUCAAUCAAGCGCGAAAUCAAGACCUUGUUGGGCGACCCCCUCCUGCAGCUCGACCUGCUCACCUUCCACUUCCUGGACUUCCUCAAGGAGUGGAUGCGGGACGACGCGAAGGACUUCUGCCUGACGGAGGACUCGGCCGAGGUGGAGUGGUACCUGGCGGAGCACCUGCGGGGACUGGCGCGGAAGGCGUGUGCCCUGGAGCUCCUGCAGUUUCAGGACUCGCACUGGGGACCCCUGCGGGAAGCUCUGCAAAGGGAAGGCGCCCUAGCCCUGCAGGUGGCGGGCGUAGCCGCGGGCGCGCGGGCCGCCAAGCUGCUGGGCCUCCUGGACGCCGAGCACCAGGGCGCGUGGGUGUACGUGAACGGCCACGUCCUCAGCCAGUGCGACGCCAAGGCGCUCAAGGCCGUUUGCUGUGCCCGCCACUGCCGGGUACUCGUAGUGGAUGUUGAUCAUAAUUCCAAGAAGCUGAACGAUUUGCUGCCGUCAGUUGCCACCGCUGUGAAAAUCGUCAGCCUCGGGAAAGUGAAUUUGGGACGUGUUGCAGUCACGAGGCACCAAGAAGAGUUGAAGUUUUCUCAGUUGACUUCAGAUGCCCGGGAUGGACUUCUUGAAAGCACCGUCUAUUUUCAAGGCCAGGCCGUGAGGCUGCGCGAGCUGGAGGGGGCGUGGCCAGGCCUGCGGGAGGAGGCGGACGGCGCGCUGCUGGGCGCUGUGGCGCUGGGCGAGGCGGCGCUGGGUGAUCCUAUACCGUCCAUGGGCGGAGAGGAGGAAGAGGAGAACGACGAGGAGGAGCGCCUGUUCAUCAUGCGCUCCCUACGCCACUUCAGCGAACUAGACCCUGAUGUGCUGCGCAUCGCCCCCUCUCAAGAUCACCUUGUGUUCGUGGGCGUGCCGCAAAAUAUCCUGGAGGCCCGGCGUCGCCAAUACGGGUGGUCCGUAGAGGAAAUGAACGACAGGUGGACUUCGCUGGAAAGCGAUUCUCCUGGGAAGAUGGAAAAAGCGUUUGACUCCGUGUGCUCCAAGCUCAGCCCAAGGAAUGUCCACUGGCUGGAGUGCUUUGGCCAACACGACGGCAACGUAAACGUAAACGAGACUGCACUGACACUGGUGGGUGGCGGCGCACGCGAGGGCGCGGGGACGCGCCUGGCGCCGCUGGUGCGGGCCCGGCAACGCCCCCACGCGUGCGCGCGUGCGCGCCGAGUGCGUGCACGCGCGGCCUCACGCGCCGGGCCGACGUGGGCCGGGCGUGGGGCAGGGCGCGCGUCGCUGGCUCGUGGGAGGGCCGGCGCGGGCAAGACCUCUUUUUCCUGCUGGCGGCGGCGGCGGAGGCGGGCGGCGCGCACCCCGCUCGCUGGACCUCUUAGUGCACGCGCAAGGCGCACCGGAAGCGGCUGCGGGAGAUGCCGCCUGCUCCAGGUGGCCCACCUGGAGCAGCUGCUGGCGGCGGCUGCGGGCGCGGGGUCGAGCGCGGUGGCGACCGAGCGCAGUGUGCGGGCGGCGCUGAGCACUGGGGCGGUGGGAGUAAUGGUGGACGGCGUGGACGAGCUGUGCCCGGCCUUCAAAGACAAGGUGCUGCGUCUGCUGCAGCUGCUGCUGCAGGAGACGAAGGCGGCGCCCGUGUGGGUGUCUUCGAGACCGGAGGUGAAUAUCAUGCAAAAGCAAUACCCACAAUCAAGCGAAAAGGUGUCAAGGAAUAUUAAAUGA